AUGCUGUCUCCAGGCCAGCCACAGGGCUGGAUGGAGUUAUCUGACGCUUCAGAGAACCCGUACCCGGGUGAGAUGGCCAUUCAACGGGCUCUGCGUUGUGUUCCUCCACAUGGCAAUCUCGAGGCUGCCGAUCUCAGCCAGGCUUAUUCCCAAACAAGCAAAACUGGAGAUGCGUUCCGUGCUAUCAUGGUUGCGCCAUGGAGACGCAACGGGUGGGAACAGCUAGAACACAAUCUGUCUAGCAAAGCAUAG